CGUAUGCAGCAGUUGAUCCAUUCUGGAAGAUACUUUCUUGGGAACAAGUGCCUGUUGUGGAGAGUCAAACCUCAAAAUCUAGUAGCAUGCCGCCAGAGAUUGAGGCCUUGAUUGCUCAUUUCAAUACCUUGGAUGAUGCAGGCCAAAGUAUGUUGAGAAGGAAGCUUAAAGAGCUUUAUUGUCCUCAAAUCAGUUCAUUGUGUCCUCCUGAAGUGAAGAUAAAGCACAAUCAAUCGUCCAAGGAGAGGAAAACCAAACCUCCCAGAGGUCAAUCAAUAGGAUCCACCCAGCGUGACCUUUCACAUUGGGAACUUGUUGACAAUCAGACCAAAGAACAAGAAGCGAAAGCUAGCAAGAGGAAACCUAGGCUCACCAAAACUCCUAAAACAUCUCCAACAUCGCAAGCUCCUAAGUCAAAGAACAAGAAGGCUAUGACGGCCACCGGCUCCAAAAUCUACUUACCGGAGUUGCCAUCUUUUUUAUGGCCAUAUAUACAUGAAGUGAUAGAUGUUGUCGGGGAUGGUAAUUGUGGAUACAGAGCCGUCGCUGCAUUGCUGGACCUUCAGAACGGUUAGGAUGGUUGGCCUCGGGUUAGGGAAGAGCUGAUUGUAGAACUCACACUCUAUGAGAAACACUAUACAUGCAUGUGGGGUUAUGAUGUGGUACAAGCCAUGCACAAUCGUCUCACUCUCCCUCCUGAUGGUAGAGCCACUAAAGCCAAAUGGAUGCAUCUACCGGAGAUGGGGUACCUUAUUGCUAACCGGUUUCGGGUGGUUUUCAUCUCCAUCUCUUUAAAAUCUAGUUACACUUACCUUCCGAUGAGAGGAGGCGCCCCACCGUUAGAACAUCCUGUCAUAGCUAUUGGUCAUGUGACCAAUCACUUUGUAUAGGUAUAUCCUCAAUUAAAUACUCUGCUUUUUUAUUAAUACACUCUCUUGUCACGUUAAACAAUUUAUAUUGAAAUAUAUCUAAUUUUACUAUUAUACUCUUAAAUGUAGCUGAAGUUGGUGUCUGGACAUCCUAUGUCGCCAAUUGCUCCCCAAUGGGAAUACAACGUUGAAGAACCCGAGUCCGAAUGGUGUAUACCGUAUAAAGAGCGUUUGGAUAGAUUUAUGGCCGAACACACUGUUUGGAUUGGUCCUCGUGUUAUUACCAACUUUGAUUUAACAGACAUAACAGAAGAUUGAUAAUAUGAUUCAUGUUUGUAAUGUUGUAACCAUGUCUGUAACCAUAUUAUUAGCAAGAAUAUUUUCCUACAUGUAUUAAGACAAUGCUCCAGUACUGUAACGAGGUCUGUUUGUCCCAUAUUAUUGUCACUGCAUUUUCACGUUUCUGUCUUUGUGACAGUAUCUGGUUUGAGAGAUCCGAAUCUUGAAGUUUCAUAUUAAUCUGGUUUUUCAACUCUCGGACGUCUUAAAAAGGGGGUGGUAAAUUUAAUUAUGACUCAGUCCGAAACUUAUAGUCCUGGAUUGAUCCGAAACUUAUAGUCCUGGAUCACCCUUACCAAGCAGCAGAAUGCAAUAAGACCAGACCAAAAGGCAUAUUCAUCAAUUACAAUCUCAACCACCAUCACUGCCUACACAACCAACUCUGACCACCAUUAAUAUUCACCACCAACCCCACCACCAACCCCAUUACUCAUUCAUCCUACACCAUAAAUCCCUUUACUUCCUAUAUUAGUCCCCUAUGCACCAAAGGCAUCCUACACCAUUAAAUUACUUCCCUUCUUCCCUUGUUGCAGGAAAUAACCAGAAGAAAUGGAACAAGAUCCACCAUCAACCUUCAUCCGCCCUUGCAAACGCCAAGACAACCUUUCCUCCAGCUCUCGUCCUCUCAUUCCCGGCCCAGCUGGCCCCGUCCAGGCCGCCAUGAUUCACCGCAGAUCCACCGACGACAAACCAAACAUUUCAACCCAACAAUUCGUUAGACAAGUCCUCCAAGACGGCCACGACACCGAUCCCGAUUUCCAAUCCAAUGCUUGGCUUUCAGCUCUGCAAUUAAACGGAUCUGCCACUCCUCUGGGCGCAAUCACUCACCAUCAUGAAAGAGUAGAUCACGUCAUCGGUGUUAUCAAAUCCUGCAAUCCCAAUGGGUUUGGAGAUGCAACAGUUACACUCAAGGACCCUACGGGCACUGUUGGCGCUAGUAUCCAUCACAAGGUCUUCACUGAAAGCGUAUUUGCGAAAGACAUAACUGUUGGAUCUGUUCUGCUUCUCCAAAAGGUCGCUGUGUUCUCUCCUAGAAAGUCUAAUUGUUAUCUGAAUAUAACCUUGUCCAAUGUAGUCAAGGUAUUUCCAAAGGACAGUGCACCUCCACCUGGAAGCUUCACAAACAUAACAAAAGAUUAAUAUUAGUUCUUUACUAAUUCUAUAUUAAGGACUAUUUGUGUAACUUUUGAAAUGCUGAACUUAG